CCGAGUCUAGCUUGACAGUGGUCCAUCACCGCGCCCACUGGAAGCUGGAGGUUGCCUGGGAAGCUGUAGCAUCCCGGUUUCUGUCACUAAGCCCUACACCAGAGAACAAAAAGAGGUGCAGCGCUUUGUGGAGCCUCUGAGGCGACAUGGGACUCCGCUGGGGGGAGACUGGACAUCCGUCGCUGAGUUAGAUGGCUCUGGGUUUAUUCAUUCACCACAUCCUAAAACAACACUAUGGCUAAGCAGUACGAUGUGCUCUUCCGACUCCUGCUCCUUGGAGACUCUGGGGUUGGAAAAACAUGUUUGUUAUGCAGAUUCACGGACAACGAAUUCCAUCCGUCUCACAUCUCGACCAUCGGAGUCGACUUCAAGAUGAAGACCCUGGAGAUAGACGGUAUCAAAGUACGGAUACAGAUCUGGGACACAGCUGGCCAGGAACGGUACCAGACCAUCACCAAGCAGUACUACCGACGAGCACAGGGAAUCUUUCUGGUGUAUGACAUCACGAGUGAGCGGUCGUUCCAGCACAUCAUGAAGUGGGCCAGUGAUGUGGAUGAAUACGCUCCGGACAAGGUCCAGAAGAUUCUUGUUGGGAACAAGUCGGAUGAAGAGGACAGGAGGCAGGUGGCCACCGAGCAAGGGGUCAAGCUUGCUAAAGCUUAUGGGAUGGACUUCUUUGAGACAAGUGCCUUCACCAACCACAACAUAACAGAGACUUUUACACGGCUGGCAGAGCAGGUGCUGGCAGCCAACAAAAAGGACCUGGAUCUCCUCCGGAUGUCCCUCAACGAUGAGCUUAAUCUCACUGCUCUGGAGGAGGAGGAAGGACUCAGUGACAGAGCGCCUGGUGACCAGCACAAAGGCUGCUGGUGUUGAUGAGCAGCGUGUCAUCGAAACAACGAAACCCAUGUUGUUGUUUUUUAAAACCAGGGUUUGGGAGAUUUGUGGAAUUGAUUGAGUUAAAGAAUUAGCCACAAAGUGCCAGGUGAGGAGUUCCCUCCUACACUUAGGGGUUCUGAGACUCGAUUCCAUCCCUGGCAACCAGAAAAAGAAAAACGGCACAAAACGUGGAAGUGUCAUGCGUUUGUUGUUUUAGAGAACACUUGUAGAGGGAUAGACAUGGACUAAAUAUGUAAUUAUUUAUUUCUAAGCCCUGAUUCUGACAUCAAACACGGGGCUUCCUACCGCCCAGAGUGAGCAAGCUUCUAUUUUCCUUUGCAUGCAUCCUUUUGAAUGUUUUAGCUGCAGUGUAAAAAAUAACCACUAGAGGGAGAUGUGUGCAUUGCAUAAGUAGCAAACAGAAGAAAUGUUUUUUUUAGACAUUUUUUAGUUAAAAUUGCACUUGAAAAGGUUACCUUUAACAUAUAUGAAGUAUUCCUAAUAUAUGCAUCCAUUUGACCUCCUUAUUGCUUUGUUUUGAUAGAAAAACUUUGACCACACAGGACUUUUUCUGCAACUUUGCCUUUUCACAAGAGGUAAACGCUGAGAACAAAAUCAUCCAGUUCCCCUGUAGCAGAAACAGAAGGUAUUUUUCUAUGUCCUGUGUUUGUUUUAGUAGCAGGAACUGUUUGAUAACUGCUCAAUCUGUUGUACAAACCAAAACAGAAUUAAUAUUAUAGGGCUGUAUAAAAAACUAGAUGAUUGGACUGAGUUGUUUUAGUGAAUAUGACAUCAUGCCGUCUUUUUCCUGCUGUUUUGUACAGGUUCUAGUGGAUACGCCUUUUUCUGAACGAGCGACAGGUUUGCAUGUAAAUCACUCUUCUUUCCUUUCUUUUUUUUAAUGCAACUUCAGUGAAGUUAUUAAUCACAAGUAUAGCAUUUGACCAGAGUUGCCUCUUGGAGAGCUGAAGACAGGAAGAGAAACAUGGCUGCGAUUCUGCAACAUAGUACUACUAGAUGCUAACCGGGUGUUAAUAUGUGCAAAGCGUGAAAUGACUGUACUGAACGAUGUAAGCUAUAGAUACGCCGUGUACCUGUGUUGUUUUUCAGACACUUUUUCUUGUUAUAAUUACAUUAACUGUAUUUGUGCAAGUAGUACAUUAAAUGCAAACAUGUUCUUGGAGAAAAGAGUU